AAUUGUGUCUUCAGCAGAGAAGGAAAUGGAUCAAGCAUCAACUGCCCCAAAGACCCUGCCAGUGGUGCCUCCAGUAGUUCCAGAAAAUGGUACAGCUGACACCGUGCCAGAGUCUACAAAUCCGCCACGUUCUGGUCUUAGUCUACUGGCAACCUACAGCUCCGAUGCCGAGUCAGACACUGAACAAGCCACAAGAAUUGAAGACAGCGACAAUGAAGUGGUGGAAGUGCCUGUGACAGGUCCUGCCACUGCAACAGCUUACCGUCGCCCUGUGGUAGCUGUUAGCUCUGGCAGCGAAAACGAGAAAAGCAGCAUCAGCAGCGACUCGGAUUCGGACUCUGAGGGGGAAUAUCUGACAGUUUUGCGCAAGAAAAUUGAUAAGAAAAUCAACACCGAAGACUGUGACGAAGAGGAUGAGGAUUUCGAAGAAGAUGGUGCCACAGGGGAGCGUCGCCGCCGGCAGCCGCCCAAAGUGCGGGGUGAAAUGCUAUUGGAUGAGCUGCCUCCCAUCCAUCAGUUGGAGAUUACCGUACCAGAAGACGAGUGCAUUGAGCUGGGGAAGGUCCAUUCCAUUGUCGAUCAACUGGUGCUGGUCAGUGUGCUGCCCAAUUCGAUGCUUUUCGAUCUGGACACCGUGCUUUUUCUGGAAAAGGGACGCAAGGUGCUGGGCGAGGUGUUCGAUGUGUUGGGGCAGGUCUCCGAUCCGCUUUACUGUAUCCGCUUCAAUACGAAUCAGCAGAUCCAAGAGCGAGGCAUUAAAAUCGGUGAUGUUGUCUACUGUGCCCCCAAAACGGAGCACACUCAAUUUGUGAUUCUCUCCAAGUUGAUGCAGGUCCGCGGCUCGGAUGCCUCAUGGGAGCACGACGUAGAGCCACCUGCUCGCUAUAUUGACUACUCUGAUGACGAGGCAGAGCGUGAGGCCAAGCAGGAUCAGCGCAAGAGACGCCAACGAGAUCGCACCAAUUCCACGGAUUCAGUUAGCUCCGUCUCCACUGUGGCAACUGAGGCAUCGGCCGCUGCAGCAGCACCUCCACCGCGACAGCGUGGACGCCGUGGCCAACGUGAUAGCUAUCAGAAUCAGCGUCAGUAUCAAAAUCAGUCCCAUCAGGGCUCCUCCUCCCAGCAGCAGCAUCAGCAACAGCAGCCAAGAGGAGACUCGCAGUACAACUAUCAUCCUAGCUAUAAUCCCGGCAGCUGGCAUUCGAAUUAUUACCACAAUUAUCAUCAGCCAGCGGCUAACUUUAAUAUGCCGCAACCGGGCAUGUCCUAUCCCAUGCCACCGCCAGCCUAUGGCUAUGGCAUGCCCUAUGGCAUGCCACAAAUGAUGCACAUGGGUCCACCGCCGCCGCAUCAUAUGUACUCUCAACCACCACCGCCAGCAUUUUCACAGCCACAGAACAGGCACCCACCGCCACCAAAUGGAAGUUAGAGCUGGUCGAUCUCUGCUGUGGAUUCUUCUCUUUUUCACUUUAUUAUUCCAAUAAUAAAAAAUGGUUCUUAAACAA